AUGUUAAAACCUAUACUUCUCGAGUAUUUCAAUUAUAUAAAAAUGUUUGAUAUAAUAGAGUUAGUUGUAUGUAAUGCCCCUGCCAAUGCCUUUAUUUUAAAUGUGAAUGGCCACAACGGUUAUAACAGUUGUAACUCUUGUAUAACUAAAGGUUCAUUUAUAAACAACAUAAUGUGUUUUGAUGAAAUCGAUGCACCGUUAAGGACAAAUGAAUCAUUCCGUUUAAAAAAAGAUGAUGGCUUGUCUCCAUUAGAAGAUUUACCGAUUAACAUCACUUCAUCAGUAGUUUUAGAUUAUAUGCAUAACGUUUGUUUAGGAGUAGUCAAAAGUGCUAUUAGAAUUGUAUUAUCUAAAGAAACUUGUUUAACACUUAAUGGUCAAGCCAAAUGUUUAUUAAUACAAUCUGUAACAAAAUACUCUGAUUUAUAUGGCGUGGAAUUUAUUAGUUAUAAUGUUCAUGAGUUAAUACACUUUCCUGAUUUUGUUCUAGUCCAUGGACCUUUAGAUCAAUUUAGAGCAUUUAAGUAUGAAAAUUGCUUACAAAAUUUGUUUUAA